AUGGCCGCGUGUGCCUACCAGGCGUUCGAGAUGGUCAAGGACCGCAUGCAGCGCAUCGUCAACACGAAGUUCGGAAGUGGCCGCCUGGUGCUUAUCGGAGGCAUCCAGCUGAACAUGCCCUACCCUCAGUUCGACGACCACUUCCUCCCGCUGAUGUUCGAAGUCCGCCAGGAGGGUCAACCAACCAUGGACCUGAUGAACACCUUCUCGAACGUGUCCGUCCAGCAGGACUUGAAGCGGUCGCCGUGGGCAUCGGUCGGGGCACAGCGCGAGGUGUUCGCGUGGAUGACCUGGAGCCCGCCCGCAACGUCGCCCGUGUACCAGUCGCUGCACAAGUUCUUCCCCGGUGCCCUUCCCGGUGAGGCGGUCCACCGCCGGUCCCUGCAGAUCCUGAAGAAGUACGGCUUCGAGGUCGAGAACACCCUGCUGGGCACCUCCUUCUGCCCGGACGAGAUCAACAACCAGUCCGACUGCCUCGCCGUGCUCAUGCAGGACUACUGGGGCGACGUGUUCCCCAUGGGCGGCAUCAGCGGCACGCCGUUCACCGGCAAGACCGGCUUCGCGGCCUUCUCCAGCCACGUCGCCGACGAGGGCAACAUCCUGGUCGCCUUCGGGCCCCACGUCGGCAUCUCGGAGGACGGCGAGGUGGGCAAGAUCCCGCGCAACGGUCAGGCCAAAAUCUCCUCGGCCUGCGGAGCUGUGAUCGGCGCCUACAGCGCGUGCCGCAGCGGCUGGGACGCGAGCAGCAUCGACGAGUCCAGCUACGACAUGCAGAUGGACUUCUGCAAGCGCCAGAUCGCGCCGCACGCCGACGCCAUUUCCAAGACG